UGGGUUUUCUGUGCGCCAGCACUUGGCCGGAGGGUCCUGGACUGCGGGCGGAGGGAGCACGGGCGGAGGCGGCGUACGUGCCCUGCGUGAGUGCGUGGUGGCGGCGCGUGCGCGAAGCGAGUGGGCGGUGUGGCAGGGUCCAUGUGCGUCCAUUCCCCAGACCCCCGUAGCUUGGCUCCGUUUGACUCCAUGACCCCAAGACACCCCGGCGUCCGUGCCUCUCCCUGAGCGGCCAGUCCGGUUCUCCGGUCCCACAGUGCUUGCAGGUUCGACCAGCAGCCACAUAUUGUCAUGAUGAUUGUGGGCAACUACUGUGAAGCCGAAGGGCCCGUGGGUCCGACCUGGACUCAGGGGGGCCUGAGUCCCUGCUUCUUCUUCACGCUCGUGUCCUCGACGCUGAUGGCCCUUGGGACUCUGGCCUUGGUGCUGGCUCUUCCCUGCAAGCGUCGGGAGCGACUCGUUAGCGCGGACGCUUUGUCUUGGGGGACUGGUCCCCACAUCGUUCCUUACGGGCUGCAGCUGCUUCUGGCCACACUUCAGGUGGCACUGCCAUUGGCUGGCCUGGUUGGCCGGGUGGGCACCGCCCGGGGGGCCCGGCUACCAGGCUACCUGCUGCUGGCUUCUGUGCUGGAGAGUCUGGCCAGUGCCUUUGGCCUGUGGCUGCUUGUGAAGGAACGGAGCCAGGCACGGCAGAGUCUCGCAAUGGGCGUCUGGAUCAAGUUCAGGCACAGUCCUGCUCUCCUGCUUCUCUGGACGGUGGCGUUUGCAGCUGAGAACUUGGCCCUUGUGUCUUGGAACAACCCGCAGUGGUGGUGGGCAAGGGCAGACCAGGGUCAGCAGGUUCAGUUUGGUCUGUGGGUCCUGAGAUAUGUGGUUUCUGGAGGGCUGUUUGUCCUGGGGCUCUGGGCCCCUGGACUUCGUCCCCAGUCCUACACCUUGCAGGUUAUUGAAGAAGACCAAGAUGUAGAAAGGAACCAGGCUGGAUCGACAGAACAACAGUCUACUUGGCGAGACCUUGGCAGGAAGCUUCGCCUGUUGAGUGGCUACCUAUGGCCUAAGGGGAGUCCAGCUCUGCAGCUGGUUGUACUCAUCUGUCUGGGGCUCAUGGGCUUGGACCGAGCACUCAAUGUGUUGGUCCCCAUCUUCUAUAGAGACAUUGUGAACUUGCUGACUAAGAAUGCCCCUUGGAGUUCCCUGGCCUGGACUGUUACCACCUAUGUCUUCCUCAAGUUCCUCCAGGGUGGUGGCACUGGCAGUACAGGCUUUGUGAGCAACCUGCGCACGUUCCUGUGGAUCCGGGUGCAGCAGUUCACAUCGCGUCGUGUGGAGCUACGCCUCUUCUCCCACUUGCACGAGUUAUCACUGCGUUGGCACCUGAGUCGCCGCACUGGGGAGGUGCUGAGGAUUGUUGACCGGGGCACAUCCAGUGUCACAGGGUUGCUCAGCUACCUGGUGUUCAACAUCAUCCCCACGCUGGCUGACAUCAUCAUUGGCAUCAUCUACUUCAGCAUGUUCUUCAAUGCCUGGUUUGGCCUCAUUGUGUUUCUGUGCAUGAGUCUUUACCUCAUCCUGACUAUCGUGGUCACUGAGUGGAGAACUAAGUUUCGCCGUGCCAUGAACACACAGGAAAAUGCCACGCGGGCACGAGCAGUGGACUCUCUGCUAAACUUCGAGACAGUGAAGUACUACAACGCUGAGGGUUAUGAAGUGGAGCGCUACCAAGAGGCCAUCAUAAAGUAUCAGGGUUUGGAGUGGAAGUCAAGCGCUUCACUGGUUUUUCUGAAUCAGACCCAGAACUUGGUUAUUGGACUUGGUCUCCUUGCUGGCUCCCUCCUUUGUGCAUACUUUGUCAGUGAGCAGAAGCUACAGGUUGGGGACUUUGUGCUCUUUGGCACUUACAUCAUCCAACUAUACAUGCCCCUCAACUGGUUUGGCACCUAUUACAGGAUGAUCCAGACCAACUUCAUUGACAUGGAGAACAUGUUUGACCUGCUGAAAGAGGAGACAGAAGUGAAGGACCUUCCUGGAGCAGGGCCCCUUCACUUUCAAAAGGGCCAGAUUGAGUUUGAGAAUGUGCACUUCAGCUAUGCUAAUGGGCGGGAGACCCUGCAGGACGUGUCCUUCACUGUGAUGCCUGGACAGACACUGGCCCUGGUGGGCCCAUCUGGGGCAGGGAAGAGCACAAUUUUGCGCCUUCUGUUUCGUUUCUAUGACAUUAAUUCUGGCUGUAUCCGAAUAGAUGGGCAGGACAUUUCACAGGUGACCCAGACCUCUCUCCGAUCCCACAUUGGAGUUGUGCCCCAGGAUACUGUCCUCUUCAAUGACACUAUUGCCAACAAUAUCCGUUAUGGCCGUGUCACAGCAGAGAACAACGAGGUAGAAGCUGCCGCACAGGCUGCAGGCAUCCAUGAUGCUAUCAUGACAUUCCCUGAAGGGUACGAGACCCAGGUGGGUGAGCGGGGACUGAAGCUAAGCGGUGGGGAGAAGCAGCGAGUUGCCAUUGCUCGCACCAUUCUCAAAGCUCCAGACAUCAUUCUGCUGGAUGAGGCAACUUCAGCCCUGGAUACGUCUAAUGAGAGGGCCAUCCAGGCUUCUCUGGCCAAAGUAUGCGCCAACCGCACCACCAUCGUGGUGGCACACAGGCUUUCCACUGUGGUCAAUGCUGAUCAGAUCCUUGUCAUUAAAGAUGGCUGCAUCGUGGAGAGAGGACGGCAUGAGGCACUAUUGUCCCGAGGCGGGGUAUAUGCUGAUAUGUGGCAGCUGCAGCAACAGGGACAAGAAGAAGCCUCUGAAGACACUAAGCCCCAGACCAUGGCACAGUGACAAAAGUUGUGGUUUCUUCCCUCUCACACACUAACUCAGGGGAAUAAGAUGUGUCCCUUUUCCCUGGCUUAUUUCAUCCUGGUCAGGGGUUUGGUGCUAGCUGUUAUGAGGGAAAGGGGCCUUUUAGAAAAGCACUUUUUGGGAAAAUAAAUGUGUGGCAUGUGCGA